CAAGUUUAAGGGCUUAUUUAUUACAAUAAAAAUUUAGGGGUUUAAUCAAGAACUUGAGUUAUUCUCACCAAUAGAAAUUGAAUCUGAAAAGCAGCUUCAAUAAUUUCCAGAAUUUGAGGAAGGGAGAGUGGGUGAAAAAAGGAUGGGGAUGAAUUCGUUCUUAGUGGGAUUGGCGCCAUUUGCGGCGUUGGCGUCGUUGGAGUGCCUGGAAGUUGGCUUGAACACUCAACAAAGCAGCCACGUCAAAGGGGAUGAGACAACGAGGCCUCCAAUCAAUUUCUCUGUGCUCUGCAAAAUUUUCCUCCUUAGCUUUGUUGGGAUUAUUGUAAUGCAGAACUGUAUGUGAACUGGUGUAAGAGACAUUUCCCCUCGCCUUGUUUCAGCAAUACCUAACUCAAUCCCAGCUUUCACUUUCUUGCUUGCUGUUAUCUUCAGGUUUCCCUCUUUUCUUCUUUUCAACACAGAGAUAGGAUUGGAAAGGGAUGAUACUUAGAAAUUAAAUUCUAGAGCUUUUA